AUGGGAGUAAAGGCGUCGUCGUCGUCGAUCUCAUCCUGUCCAAGAGGAGGCGGAGAAGGAGGUACUCAAAACGACGACGACGUCCAAGAUGGCAAAACGGGGAAGAAUUUUGACGCCGAGGAAAAAGAGGAGGAUGACCGAGACGUUGGUUACUUCUGCGACGAUUCAGACGACGACGAUUCUAUUUAUAGACGACGCCGGGGUCGGGGUGGUCAAAAAUCGAAACCGACGUGGAUGGAAAUGUUUUUCAAUUGCGUCUCGUGCAAGCAGUGCGUCUGUCUCGCGUGCGUGAUUGUCUUGAUAUUACUCGCCGUGACGAUUGGGAAGAGCGCGUUGCGAGAUCAAAGGUCGAAAAGGCACACCGGCGUCGAUGAGUUUGGUCGAAAAAUAGACCAAGACGGCAACGUCGUCCACGGAAGAAGAGCGAUGAUGGGCAUCAUGGACGACGACGACGGUGAUGUUACGCUUCCGUCUUACCCGGAGUGGAUUGCAAAACACUGUGGAUGGUUGCUCUAUCUCCUCGCACUCGUGUACACACUUCUCGGUUUCCGCGUUCUUUGUGGAAGCGGCGGUCAGAAAGAAAACGACGCGUUUCUAAAAAAAGCCUUGGACGCCGUCGCGUUCGAUUUGACGUUUUGGUUGCCGAGGAAAGUCAACGAUUCGUGGAUUUUCGACGGACCAGAACAAGAGAUAGACGUGCAGAAAUACGAGGAAGAGCAGUAUUUACCGCACGAGAAAGCGAACAGCUGCUCUCGUGUGUCCUUGAUUUUAUUCUUUUCGGUUUUGUUUUCCUUUGCGAAUCCUUCGACGUUUCGAGGGUAUCCGUACGUAGGCGUUUCGAUGGUUUUCGGCAUCGGAUUGUACAACUUUACCAUCGUCCCCGCGAUGAUGCUUUUGAAGAAGAGAAAAGAAAGGGAAACGAAGAAAAAGAGUAGGAGCAGCAGCGGCGGCGGCGGCGGCGACGACGACGAUGUCGAUAAAGGCAAAGUGGUGUUGUUGUGGUCCUCGGAAUCCGUAUCGUCGCAGUAUUCGAUGUCGAAUUUGACGAGAGAUUUUUGCUUUUACGUUUUCGCCAUGCUCGCGCUCGCGCUCUUUGUCGCCAGAGACGCGAUGUUUAUUAUUGAUGACGACGAAGUGAACAGCGCGAAUGCCACCGCCACCGCCGCCGAAGACGAUGAUAUCACUCGGUUCGUUCUCGCGAAGAAUACGAACGUCUACUCACUCGGAUGGCGAUGCGGCGUGUGGAUGGGUGAAAUCUACGCCACUUACGUCGUCUUUCGCCGGAUUUGGGUCCUCUUUGGCACGUAUCACAUUCGAUGGAAGAAAGGUAGAGAAGAAAAGCGAGCGGAGUGUGCACAGAAGAAGAAGGAAAAGAACGAAAAGAAAACGUCGUCGGUGAAAAAAGGCAAGUUGAGUAAGACGGAGGCACCUUCGUCAUUAUCUUCGUCGUCGUCGUCCUCCUUCUCCUCGGUCGCGAUACCCGCGUCAUCGAAAGGCGUUUGCACUCCCGCUUCUCCUCCCAGGUCGACCGAGACGAUGAGAAUUGCCUCGUCCUCGGUUUCCUUAGAACCUCCGCCGCCGAUACUCGUCGCCGAGAGAGGAGAAAACGAUGCCGUUCGAGUAUCCUCGCCGCCGUCGAAGAAGGCAUCAAUAUCGAUCGUGAACGAUAUCGAAGAAAGAGAGCAAAAAGAAGAACACGAAGAACAUGAAGACGAAGAAAGAGAGAAGAAGAAGGAGGAGGAGGAGGAGGAGGAGGAGGAGGAAGCGAGAGAUGCAGAAAAAGCAGAAGUCAACACUCCGAAAGUCGUCGUCGUCGACGACGACGAGAACGACGAGGACGAGGUAAUGCGUAACGAACAGGAAGUCAGACGCGAAGAGAAAGAAGAGCCAACAUUACCUCCACCGAGAAGCUCUUUUGUCGAGCUCUCGUUCGCGAAAAAGAAAUUGUUGAAAAUCGAACGCGCACUCUCGAAACCGUGGGUGUUUCUCUUCAAUUUGACUAUUCCGUCCUGUCCGGAGCGCAAGUUACGCGCCAACGAAAUGAGCAACAUCAAAACCGAGAACGAUAAUAAUACAACAAAUGCGCUACCAAGUUUUUACUUCGACGACGGCGACGACAGCAAUUCCGAUUGGCUCUCUGACUCCUCCUACGAUUCCGUGACGGACAUAUGUGUCAAAAUUGAGCGAAAAAAGUGCAAGCGAAGAGUGUUGUCGAUCGCGUGCGGAACGACGUGGCUCGCUAUUUUGUCGUACGCCGCGGUUGAGUUUGUCACGCACUUGUGCAACAUCUACGUUCAAGAGUACAACGAGCAAAUUCCGUCGAUUUUUGGCGGUGGUGGUGGUAAUGGUGAACUAAUCAACAAGAACAACAUCAGUAAAGGGUCGUUUGAGAGUUUCAUUGGAAGCGUCGUGCUCUCGUUCUUGCUUUCGCAAAGCGCGGACGUGCACGGCUCGUAUUUUUUAGACGCAAUCGAAGCGAAAGAAACCGCCACAACGCCCGGGAGCGACGCAAUAUUCCGCGUCGCGCUCUUUGAUACCUUGUUCAACAUUGGCAUGCCUUUCUGUUUAGUUUUACCGUUUUACAAAAGGGGCGAUUACAACAUGGAGGUGCCUCGAAAUCAAACGAUGAACGCGGCAUUCUUUGCCGCUAUAGGCGCGGCGAUGAUCUAUUACCUUGUCGCGAGAGUGUCGAUGAAAAUGGUAGUCAAUAAGAGCGACGGAGUUUCCUCUUCGGCAGAAUUAAUGCUAGCUUGGAUGUUUGUUCUCACGUACAUCGUCGCGGUUGGUGCGAUUGGCGUGGUUACGUUCACAAAUGUGAUUUGA